AUGGUGAUACAGCCGUUACCCGACUCCGAAUACAACUCGGAUUCGCUCCUAGAAUUCCUAAACAACACUGCGAACAUCGAAGAAUACUUGAACAACCUUGGCAAGGAAGAUAUACCGUGUAUUGUAAACAUGUUAGACAAGAAUGAACACACUUUUGAAAUAAGUAAAAUGAAUAAUAAAAUCACAAAAUUGCCAAGCCCUAAGAAGAAGGACUUGGCGAAAAAGUUUAAAUUAGAAAAGGAUGUGAUCAAUUCAGAAGUGCAUAUAGUAAAAGGUAUAGUAAUGAGGGAAUCCGAUACCAAAACUAAUUUGAACCAAGUAAAAGUAGAAUCCAGUGCAUUUAUCUGUUUUGGGUGUAAAACUAAAUAUGAUGCGGUGCAGAAAUUACUGCAGCACUUGAGUGUUUGUGACAUAGCAUCUAGAACAUGUAUACAUUGUGACAUGCUGUUUAAUUCUAAGCAACAAAUGCAAAUGCAUUCAAUUACGCACAAUACUUCGGCACCUUUUACAUGCAACUGCGGACAAGAGUUCCCAUCAAAAGAGAGACUUAUACAGCACCACAAAACUUGUCUCAUGGAUUAUGCAGCUUCGGUAGGAUGUGUGUACCGAUGUAAAGGAUGUGGAGAUACAUUUAAAGAGCGAUUUCAACUAUACAAGCAUGCCAAGGAACAUAUUGUUAAGGCUGAAGAGAGAGUGUGUGAUAUUUGUGGACAUACUUUUAAUGGUACGGAAGCAUUAGUUAAACAUAGGAAGGAAGAUCAUGAAAAGCCUGAGAAGGUGAUAUACAGGUGA